GGCUCCAGCCGCGCGCUCUCCGAGGCAGCUAGGCGCAGCGAGGCGCGGUCAGCCGAGCAUCUCCGCGCCCGGGGCCGUGUGGCCAUGGAGAACCAGGUGCUGACACCGCACGUCUACUGGGCUCAACGACACCGGGAGCUGUAUCUGCGCGUGGAGCUGAGUGACGUGCAGAAUCCUGCCAUCAGCAUCACGGAAAAUGUGCUGCAUUUCAAAGCUCAGGGACAUGGUGCCAAAGGAGACAAUGUCUAUGAAUUUCACCUGGAGUUCUUAGACCCUGUGAAGCCAGAGCCUGUCUACAAACUGACCCAGAGGCAGGUAAAUAUAAUGGUACAGAAGAAGGUGAGUCAGUGGUGGGAGAGACUCACCAAACAGAAGCGCCCACUGUUUUUGGCUCCUGACUUCGAUCGCUGGCUGGACGAGUCUGAUGCAGAAAUGGAGCUCAGAGCCAAGGAAGAAGAGCGCCUAAAUAAACUCCGAAUGGAAAAUGAAGGCUCCCCUGAAACUUUUGCAAGCAUGAAGAAAGGAUACCUGUUCAUGUAUAAUCUCGUACAAUUCCUGGGAUUCUCUUGGAUCUUUGUCAACCUGACUGUCCGGUUCUUUGUCUUGGGAAAAGAGUCCUUCUAUGACACAUUUCACACCGUGGCUGAUGUGAUGUAUUUCUGCCAGAUGCUGGCAGGUGUGGAAACGAUCAAUGCAGUGAUCGGAGUCACUAACUCACCAGUGUUGCCUUCUGUUCUGCAGCUUCUUGGGAGAAAUUUCAUUUUGUUUAUCAUCUUUGGCACCAUGGAAGAAAUGCAAAAUAGAGCUGUAGUUUUCUUUGUGUUUUACCUGUGGAGCGCAAUUGAAAUUUUUAGGUACCCCUUCUACAUGCUGACUUGCAUUGACAUGGAUUGGAAGGUACUCACGUGGCUUCGAUACUCUGUGUGGAUUCCCAUAUAUCCUCUGGGGUGUUUAGCAGAAGCUGUCUCAGUGAUCCAGUCCAUUCCAGUAUUCAAUGAGACAGGAAGAUUCAGUUUCACAUUGCCAUAUCCAGUGAAAAUCAAAGUUAGAUUUUCCUUUUUUCUUCAGAUUUAUCUUAUUGUGUUAUUUCUAGGGUUAUAUAUAAAUUUCCGUCACCUUUAUAAACAGCGCAGGCGGCGCUAUGGACAAAGAAAGAAAAAGAUCGACUAAGAAGAGAUUUGGAUGGCUUCUUACCAGUUUGAGGCUUAUCUGUGAUUCUUACAGUUUUACCUUCUUGUACUGAUAUAAAAGUUUUUUUUAAAGUUAAAUGAUUAAAUUCUCAGCAAGGCUGUCUACUCUCCUUCUCCCCAGUAACAUUCCUGAAUUUACUGUAUUAGCGUAGUCCUUGCACGACAUGGAUUCCUGAUAGCUGAUGACAGGUUCAUUCUUGUGUAUUCAGGUAGUGAUGUCAAAGGCUCAGCCCCACUGCCACCCACCCCACAUCCAGGCUGUGUCAUGCAGGCCAAGGAUAUUUCUUCAGUGUCAUCCCUACAAGGUACUGGCCAUUCUCAUAAUUGGGAUUUGUUCUUUUCAGUUACUAUGUGUGAAAAAAAGCAAGGCUGUUGCUGUAUAGGACUGUAAAAUGACUCCGGCAGAAGCUAAUAUAUUCUAUACCCAGUGGGUUACUUGGCAAGUGGAGUGGCAUUGACCUUGUGAUAGCAAGUUAGACUCAGUCCUUGAUAAAACACUCCUGAGUCAGAGUGGGGCUAGAGAACAUAUGUGAGAUCUGAUAUCUUCUGGAGUCUCUGACAACAUAUGUUAUCACAGUGUUUACCACUGUCUGGACGUUGGAGAGGGCACAGGAUGAUCUGGGAGAGGCCAGUCAGAACCUUGGAAUACCAUGAUCACUUACUUCACCACUAUUUCUGAACACUAAAGAUACAAUGAAACUACAAAAAGGGUUCCAAACUCACAUGGGUCCAGGGGUCAGAAGGGAAUGUAAAUAUGUGGGUCAAACUGGCAGUAAGCUGCUGGCAGUGCAGCCUGUGGCAAACUGGAGCCAUUUGAAUAGGCCAGACUAAACAUGCCCACAAAACUGUCUUAAACUGUGAACAAGCAUUUUUAAAAAGCUAGUCUUCUUACCCCUGCCCUAGCUGAGUCCAUUUACUCACUUACUGGUCCGUGAGUGGUGGGACUGUCUGCUUUUGAGUAGACUUGCUUUUAUUCUGCCAUUAGAUUGCUCUGUCACCUGUCUGCUGAAAGAACUUUGGCUGGAGAACCAUAGGCUGACCCUUAACAAGGACUCCUGGCAGGAAACACACCAACAGGGGAACUGGAAAAAAAAAUCUAAACAUUUUGAAGUUUAUCCAUGCUAAAAGAGUAGUUUUCUCUAAAACAUUCCAAGUAAACCAAGUAAAAUAAGUGUUAGAAGUAACACUUGUAUAAAGGAAUUUAAGGCCUGAUAGCUCUUUUGUCUGCCAUUCCCAUUGCUCCUGGGGGAAGGAGACUCAGUGAGUUAGUUAUGUUCUUUCUCUGAGCCCAAAAUGGAAACCUGGUUUGGCUGAUUUUUUAAAAAUCCGCCGCGCUGAACAUAUCUUGUAUGCCUGUGUCUUCCUGUCAACACUUGUUUGUACUGACUUCUGAUGUUCUUUCAGCCGAGUUCCUCUGUGUAACUGGGCAAAUCAGCCUUGCCGCAGAUUAUCCUGCAUCCUCUGGGCAAAAUCCUGUAUUUUUAGUGAUUGUUACAAACCCCUUUAUUGCUGUCUGAGAAGGCAAAACAUUGUGUAUUUCUAUUAAAACAUUUACAGUCAAAAUCCUAA